AUGAUGUCAGAUACGGGUACGCUCAGAACUGAUUUUCUUGAGACUGCCGGACCUGCUGAUCUGCGCCUUUCUCCACCUUCUAGGCAUCGUUCCAGCAUGACUGGGAGGGUGUUGGCUAGUGCUGGGAAGGUAUUCUCUCUGCAUUGGACUGCAUUGAUGCGUCCUGCAUUGCACUGGACUGCACGGAUGUUUCUGCAGAACUGCACUAAACUGGAGACUGGUGUGCAACUGGAGGGUCAUUUGCUGGGAUGCAGCUGUGCUGAAUAUGAGUAUUUUGUUCAGACAGAGCAGGAGUUGCUGAGAAUAGUUUCCCAAACAAAGGCUCAUGAGCUGAACUGUGAGCAAAGGAGCAGCUGUGGUGUGAGAGGAUGCCUGCUUGACUGUGCUGGAGCUGGUUCUGUGCAGCUGUAUGGAUCAGAAGGUGCUAUUGGAUCAGAGGACUACAGGAGCUGCUACAGUCAUUGUACAGGAAUUUUCUGUUUAUAG